UAGCAGAUGUCUCUUUCGAAUGAGUGUGAAAUUAAAGACGGUUUAGAAACGUUGGUGGAAUCACAGGCUAUAGGAGAGUUAGCUAAUCUAGCGGUAAACAACGUGCUCUAAAGUUCGUGGCUAACUACAUUUCUGUAUUUUGAAUAAUUUUCGAUUUAACCAGUGGUGUCACGUAUCUUAGGCAUCCUGGCUGGGUGUUCAAACUAGAAUGGGUCGAAAAGUAGCUGACUAGCUAGCUAAUGUAGAUUGAUUUGCCAGCUAGUAGUUAACCCUAGCGGCUAAAUUAUGAUGGGCAAAGCUUUCCCUGCAAAAAAAGUAUUUAGCUCGCUAGAUGGCUGCAAGAAGGAGUUUUGUUUUAGAAAGAUGGGUUAGCAGCGUGUGUUGUUGCUAGCUAGCAGUGGCCCUUACACCAAAGAUGGUCUCAUUAGUUUAUAUGUGUUUAUACUGUUUGUUCCAACGCGCUUCACCCAUCAUUAUCGACACCAAUUGACGAGGAUGUGCAACUGCACUGCAGUACUCACGAACUUCGGACCUGCGCAGGGCCGUUCGCGGUCUUCAAUAGCUUCAUAAACCCCGCACAUUACUACAAUUUCUCUUUUUAAAAUGUGAUUUUAAACCUAACCAUAAGCACACUGCUAACCGUAUACGUUGUUUUUGUUAUUGCAUUUUUUGCUAUUUUGUGGCUGUGGAAUCUGACUUGUUGCUAGAAGCUAGUGGAAACCUAGCUAGUAACGUUACUUCCGUGGGACGACAGAGUUCGCAAUACUUCCGUGUAGCCAUGGCCGAUUCUGUUGCAGUAGAGGACCCGAAAUUCACUUUACAAGAGGUUCUUGACACCUUUAAGUCAUGCCUAUCUGAAAACAAAGAAGUAUUCCUCGAACAUUAUGUAGCAGGAUGGCUUGGUCUUGUAAGAUUCAUGAACAGCCUGGGGAGUGUGUUCUCUUUCAUCGCCAAGGAUGCUGUCAACAAGAUCCAAAUCCUGAUCAACCAUCUGAACGGUGAGAAUGGGGCCCACUACGUCACCGUCCAGUCUAUGGUCAAAUACGAACUGGACAACCAAAUGGUGGACCUGACUAAGAGAGGCAGCUUCCCCGAGUCCGGCUGCCGCACCCUUCUGAGGCUGCACCGUGCCCUGCGCUGGCUGGAGCUCUUUCUCGAACGGCUGCGCACCAGCACUGAGGAAAGCAAGACCUCUGUCAUGUGCUCUGAGGCCUAUAAUGAGUCCCUCUCCCAACACCAUGCAUGGAUCAUCCGCAAGGCUGCCGGUACAGCUUUCUGGGCUCUCCCAGGGCGUGCUACGUUCUUUGAUGUGAUGAAUGUAGGUACCCCAGAGCAGGUAGUGGCCAUGCUAGGGGAUGCCCUGCCGCUCAUCUCUGAGGUGUACCAAGUGACAGAGGACCUCUAUGCCCAGAACAAUAUAUUGGACUUGCCCUAGUAGGCAGGAAGUAAUGUAGUAGUAGUUGCCUGGUGGUCCCAGAUCUGUGUGUGUCAUCUUGCCAACUCCAAUGGAAUUGUUUAUAAGAGUUGGCAAGACAGCAUAAAUAGAUUGGAGACCACCAGGCUACUGUAGGCCUCGUAGGCAGCAUUACCCAUAUAUUUAUUUCUAAUUAGAAUUGUGAAAUGGGAUUUCUAUGGCAUUCAGUGCUGUUUUUGUGCAACACAUCUCUUUGCAUUUCAGUCUCUCCUUAAUUUGUUUAAGCAUGCAUCAGUUUUUAGCACUCAAAGUAGGUUUUGUAUUACAGGAAGAGUAUGUAUUCAUUGCAAAUGCAAUAGCAUAUUUUUAGGUUGUAUGUCGGUCUUGUCUAAUCUAAAGAUAUACAUGUCCAUAAUUGUCGCCCCACAAUGAAAUUGGGGAGGGGACGGUGGAUCUGUCUCUGUCCGUUAGUACGUUCGUUCGUCACACGUGAUAUCUCGGACCGCACUGGCCCAAUUUUGACAAAUCGACAGCAAUUUUGUGGAAUGAUUCGUCUUGCCAUAGAAAUCAGGCAUUUACAAAAUUACACUGAUUAUCCAGAUGGCGUGUGACAAAGGAACUGCAGCCCAUUGUUCAAAUGGGUUAAAUGGAAACUGAAAACCUGAGACUGACUGUAGGUCUGUAACCUUUCACGUAGUCUUAAUAUUAACCCCUGCAGAAUUAAGCAUUUUUUGAAGUAAACUGAUACACCAAGUGUACACUUUGACUCGGGAACAGGAGUGGAGAAAUAUGAUUGGUUUAGUUCAGCGUCUUGAGAGAAUGCAAAUGUGAAGUCUGUAGAGGUGCCAUCUUUAUCAGCAUCAUAAAAGCUGAUGGAUGUAUAUUUUAUGUGGUUGAAAUACUAAGUCGAAUGGAAAUCUUAUCAGAAACAUGUUGGGUUGUUUUCACAGCUUUCUAUUUCCUUACAACUGGUUAAACUGAUGUCAUUUGGACAUUCUGCACAGUAAAUCUUUCCCAUUUUUUUUUGUUCUUGCAUUUUCACCCCGGUCCCUAAAUGUCUCUGCUCUGUGUAAGAAGCAGAGAUGACAGGGAGAACUUUACCGUUGUCAACUAAAUUCAAGCAAUCAUUCUAUCAUUUAUACAAUUCUGGUGAGCAAGGAUUUAUUUAGGGUGUGUUUGUAAAUUCACUGGCAGUGCCAGAGUUCGAUCUUAAAUUCCGAGCAUUGUCAGAUAGUCGGUUCACAAAUUCAGAGCGCUUCCCUCUGAGUGUUCAGAGUGCACACUGAACGCUCUGGCCAAGAAGUAGGGUUGAUCCAAGCAUUCUGACCUCACAACGGCACCCAAUCUAACUGGCUAAAGUUGGUUAGCUUGCUAGCUACUUCCAGACACAAAUGACAACACCUCACUCUGACCAUUUUACUUAGCCCUUGCAGAGCUGGUUAGGCUGUUUUCAUGUUAUCUAGAGCAUUGGUGACUAACUGCUGCUGGCAACAAUUUAAUUAUGUUUGUUUUGCUGACGUUUACUGACACCCCUUACAAAAAAAGAUUGCUGUAUAACUGCAGUAUGUUGCAAAUACAGCGUCCAGUGUAUCUGCAGUUACAGUGCAGUGUAUUGCAGUUAUUACUGCAUCCAAAAUACCACAGUCAGCUAGUUACUACACUUUACUGCAGUUUCAAAACUGUAAUCUUUAUUUGGAAGAGACCGAUCAUAUUCAACGGGAGUUGUGCAUUCUUAAAUUCAUCAGUUAUUCUGCACUCAGGCAUACUCAGAAGUAGUGCUCUGAAAUCUUAGUAGAUAGCCAGAGUGAAUUUACCAACUCACCCUUAGUGUUCUAGAGCAACAUAUAAUGACAGAAGAGAGGUUGCAUGUAGGCCUAUCUAAAUAUAGACAAGUUACCUAACAAAUAGCCUACCAAAAUAUCUGAAAUUAUAAGCUGGAACAUAACUAAAUUAGGCACACACAAAAAUCCUCCACCUCCUGUCAAAAACGUAUUCUGUGGUCUGACUGUAGCCUACAGGGCAUCUUCUAUAUUUGCUGGUUAGGGUCGGGUGCGGGCCUCAGAUUUUCACUUUAACACACAUAGUCAGUGGUUGCAGAUGGGUUAUUAGCAAUUGUGGGUAGGUACGUAAACAGCUGAACAAACUUCUGAAUCGUGCACCGCUAUCAGAUACCACUGGCUGAUUUUUGAGGAAACUUGGGUGAAUGAGUCUUUCCCAGUGGCGGUCAGUGCCAUUUAAGAUGAGGGAGGACAAAUGUUUUUCAUGAGUAUGGCCUUAUUUCUAUUACAGGAUAUUGGAUGACUAAUUCAUAUUCCAUUCACCUAGUUCAAUGUAACAGCGAUCGGUUUAGACUACUACAUGAUACUCAAAUUUUCCCUAUACCCAUCAUGAGGUUGCUACAACCUAGCCUAUGAAUGAAAGUUUACAACGUAGGUGCACACAGGUCGAGAGACAUAGGGUGUCAUAAUUAGUCCAACAGUUGCAAACGAGUUUCUAUUGGACAAAUUCAGGUAUGUUUAUCCCUGUUUGUUCCAUUUGCUUCCAUUUAAGAAACGUUUUUCAACAGAAUUGGCUGAAUGAAUACACCACUGAUAAUGUGUAAACACAUCACUUUCAUAACAGCCACGUUGUAUUCCUUUUCGCAUCUCUCCUCCUCUCACCUCUUCCCUUUGUUGUGGACUUCAAUGCACAACACAUCAGCUGUAUGUGACCAGGCGGAAAAAACCUUUGUAAGCCAAACCGCUACACACAGCCUACAUCAUUGUCACCAUAUUAGCUAAAGUAAUGUCAUAGUCUGCAUAGAUAAUAGAACUAACGCGUUUGUAAACCCGGCAGGCAGUAACGCUACAGUGUACGGUCAGUGAGCAGUUACGUCAACGAGGCCCCGAUGGCAAUAAAUUAGUAAUACCAAAAGCUUACCUUGGAAAAACCUUGGAGAAAAGUUUUUAAAAACAAUUUGGAGGAGUUCCAGUGUUAGGUUGGAAAAUCAUAGCCAGCUAGCUAACAUAGCAUCACUCUGUUUGAGCAGGGUGUUUCAGUAGGCUAAACUAGCCAGCUGCAUUUGCUAGCAAAGUAAGUGAUUCUGAAAGUGGGGAAAAAUAACAAUCUCUAUUUUUCUCUUGCUUCCCCUUAAUUUGAUCAAAACUGUUCCAACUAUUGUCUUUCUCUCUCUUUGAGUUAAUUACUCACCCCAUUGUAUACACUGCAGUGCUAGCUAGCUGUAGCUUAUGCUUUCAGUACUAGAUUAAUUAUCUGAUCCUUUGAUUGGGUGGACAACAUGUCAGUUCAUGCUGCAAGAGCUCUGAUAGGCUGGUGGAUGUUCUCUGGGAGUUGUCAUAAUUACUGUGUAAGUCUAUGGAAGGGGGUGAGAACCAUGAGCCUCCUAGGUUUUGUACUGAAGUCAAUGUACCCAGAGGAGCACGGAAGCUAGCUGUCCCCCGGCUACACCAUGGUACUAUCCUACAGAGUACUGUUGAGGCUACUGUAGACUUUUGCAAAAUAAUGUUUUAAUCAAUUAUUUGGUGAUGUGAUUAUAUUUAGUAUGGUUUUAUCUAAAAAUGAUAACUUUUAAAUGUUUUACAAUUUACAUUUUUCUGAAAUUCACUGAGGAGGAUGGUCUUCCCGUUCAUCCUCUGAGGAGCCUCUUCUGGUUUUGCCUUAGAAGUCUGUUAUUUACAAAAUUACACUGAUUGGCCCAAGGGGGGUGGAUGAUGUUUACUGUUGCCUUGUUUAUUGUUUAAAAUAUGUACCACUUAAUCUUAGUUUUUCAUUUUUUCUGUUGACUAUGAAUGAAACUAUAAAUUAAACAGAGACCUGAUAAGUCUA